CAGAUUUUACACAGCCACAGCAACGUCAUCAAACCUGGCCGCUAUUCCAUGGCGCUGUUUGUCCACACGUGGUUGUAAGGAAAUUUUGGAAGGUCUUUGUUUCCCUUGCAAGUCAUCUUUAUAUUUCUUUAGAAUUGCUGAGAAAGUGAAGAAACUUGGUCUUGUAGACGGACCUCGGCAUUUUAAGAAAAAGGAGCUCAAACGCAGUCUGGAUGAAAUGACGCAUGUACAAGAUGAGAGAAAAAAGCCAAAGAAAGGCAAAAAGAGAAAGGCUAAUGAUGAGGACUCCAAAGCAGCUGUUCCUGAAUCGGAUCUGGUGACGCCACAGAACGAUGAAACAAACACACUCGCUGCUACAGGGAGAGCAAAAAAGAAAGCGAUGAUGAAAAAGAAAAGUAAAGCUGAGAGUACUGGAGAUAUGAACACCUCACAGCAGCAGAAACCAUCUGGAACAGAGGAUGAAAACGGCUCAGAUGGUGAGGAAGAUCUGAGUCCUGAGGAGAAGCGAGUGCUGGAGAGAAAGAUGAAGAAGAUUCUGAAAAAGGAGGAGAAGAAGAAACUGAAGGAAGAAGGCAAAAGCAUAAAAAAAGACAAAGUCCAGUCAAAUCUUGCAGAGAAGAAGGCGCUGGAAUACCUCACAUGCUGGUCUGAGAGACGGGAGGAGUGGAAGUUUCACAAAAGCAGGCAAAUAUGGUUACUGCAGCACAUGUAUGACACCACAAAGGUGACUGACGAUCAUUUCAAAGGGUUGCUAACGUAUCUUGAAGGUCUGCGCGGAGCGUCGCGAGGCAUCACAUUGCAGAAAGCUGAAGCCAUUGUGCGCUGGGAAGGACAAGGAGAAGAGGAAAAUACAGCGGAUGCUGAAAAGAAAAAACAGAGAGCCAAACAGGUCGUCCAGUUGUUGUGAUGGAUCAGAAUAUUGAACAAAUCAUCAAAAUGAACUGUUUUUGGUGCUUGUAUGAAUUUGUCAUUGUACGUUUUCAUCCAUUAAAUGAUUGCUGUGGUUUUUAUC